AUGGGGGUUCAUGAAUUUCUUGUUCUGCUGCAGCUGCUGCUACUUCACCUUGGAGUUCCGGUGUGGGGCUCUCCACAGUCCCCCUUCUGUGAUAGCCACAUCCUGGAGAGGUACAUCCUUGAGGCCAAAGAAGCACAGAAUGCUACAACGGUAGCCUGCAUGGAAGAUUGCAGCCUGGGUGAGAACAUCACAGUCCCUGAUACCAGGGUGAACUUCCAUACCUGGAAGAAGAUGGAGGUGGGGCAGAAGGCAGGGGAGGUCUGGCAGGGGCUGACCCUGCUCUCCGAAGCUGUCCUAAAAGGGCAGGCCUUGCUGGCCAACUCCUCUCAGACACCAGUAGCGCUAAAGCUCUUUGUGGACAAAGCUGUCAGCAGCUUGAGAAGUCUCAGAUUCCUGCUUCGAGGACUGGGAGCACAGGAAGAAGCUAUCUAUGUUCCAGAUGCCCCAACAGCAGCUCCAUUUCGUACCUUCACGGUUGGGACCAUGGACAAACUUUUUCGAAUCUACUCCAAUUUCCUACGGGGAAAGCUCAAGUUGUUUUUGAGGGAAGCCUGCCAAAAAGAGGAGAGGUGAUUAGUUGCCCCCCCCACCUCCACCCUAGGCACAUCCACCACCCCACCCUGCUCAAUGAUACUGCUUGGGUCUGCCUGUGCCAUCCCUGCUACCAGCACUCUCCAGGGGAAUGAAGCAAUCAGAGCCAGCUGGCUUAUGGACACACCAGUGCAAAGGAAGAUGCCUAAAGAGCAGGAGAAACUGAUACUCAACUUUGAGUCCCAGGGCUAUCAUAAUGCCAAGACAGAGAACUAUGAACUGGAUGAAUCCAGCUUUAAAUUGAGCCAUGAGAGGAAAAUGCCUUAAUUCACCUUGAAAACACAAUGAUGCCACCUAGAAGUUUGGGGGGGAGAAUUGCUCCUAUCUGGAGCCACCAACCAGGGAAGAAACAUUCAGGAGCUUAGGUGACAAAUAACCUGUUCCCUAGGCCUGGCUGAUUCACCUGCUAGCCAAAGACUAAUAGUUUGAUGUAGGGCUGGAAG